UGUGCCCAAAAAGUUGUAUAGAAUAUUCUACGAUUUUACAAAUGAUAUAAAUGGCAGACGGUACGGUUUUAGAAGGUACCAUGUCAGGAUCCUCUCAAAUUCUUCUUCCUCCGCUGGCGACUCCGAGAUAGGCUUUUCGGAAUGGCCCAAAAUCAAUACAAGUUCGGUGUCCAGAUGCGAUGCAGUGGCUGUUCCAGGACUAUUGAAGAUGCUAUCAGCGGUGUCGAUGACCUCAAAACUUUAGAUGUCAGUCUCGAGCACAAGAGUGUUCUAGUCACCGUGAGACCCUCGCUAUCAUAUGAGGAGGUCCUUACCAUUAUUAAAGAGACAGGUAAGAAUGUCCGUAGCGGUGAAGCGAACGGUCAAGCACGGGGAUUUGAAUCAAUUAUUUGGGGGAGAGAGGCCCAAUUGUCCUUUCUUAUGACUUUUUUGCUUUUUUACAUGAGCGUACGCUGUUUUUGAAAAGUAAUUUGAAGAAGAAGUAGAAGAAUAUCAUAUCUGACCAUUCGAUAUCCUACACAAACAUAGCCUGUAGUUCAUUUCAAGUUAGACAGCCCGACCGGGUUUAAAAAUUGGUUCAGUGUUGAUCAUUAGGGUUUUGAAGAUGGGUUAUGAAUAUUUGGCUAUUUCACUUGCCUCCAGCAUUUGCUCCACAGUAUCCCGGUUGCGUUCGACCCUC